GAGAUGGACACUGACAGAAGUAAGAACCAUCUUUGGCAGUCUGCGGUUAACAUAUAAACACUGAUGGAUGAACAGAACAUGUAUGUGUAACGUGCAAAUGUUAGCGACGUUGAACACAACCCACGUCACAAACAGGAAGUUGGAUGUGACAAACGAGAAAAACAAACGGAAGCCGAGAGGUGCAGUGAUUGAAUUGUAAAGUGGGAGUUAUUAGAUCGAAGGAAAUGGACUCAGGGAAGAUACACGCGACUCCUUCUUCUGUCGUGGGGGCGCACACACGACGAUACAGUUUACGAAUCACUCACCAGUUUGAUUGAAGCUGCUCACUUCGGGACAUCACGAGUCCAGUUUCAGGGAUUUUCACGAGUCAUGUUUCCUACUCGUAAGCACAAGGAUGCAGUUACCAGUGGAGCCGGUGUCUUCUACCAGGCGAUGCCUGCUGUUGGAGCCGAUGGAAAGAAAAUCAUGACACUGAUUCCUGUAAAACUGGUUAAUGGACAGUUUAUCCGAUAUGAAAUACGUAAACCCAGUGUGGAUUCUACCACACAGAAAGCAGUAAAUAUUUCCUCAGCACCACUUCCAGUCAAAAAGGUUGUCACUAAUGUGUCAAAUGUCUUGUCUAAUCGAGGUGUAUUGGAUCCUGCUAAUUCACGGAACAAUCCUCCUCAACAGCAACAGACUGAAAGUUUAAUGUCCAAAGUGCCGAUAACGCCUGCAACCAACUGUGUGAACUCUGUAAGACUUCCAUAUCAGCUCCCAGUGAUGGUGAAAUCUCCAGCCCUCCCCAAAGGACAGCUUCUUCAGAUUCCCCCCAAUGCACAUGUGCGAACAUUGCCAGCAUCGAAACUUCCUCCAGGUAUCAAGAAGCAGAUUUUUAAUUCAUCAGCCGAUUCCACUCCAGACGUACCCAGUGUAGUUUUUGUGUCACCGGUCACCACCGUAAGUCAAUGUGCUGCUCCACCAUGGGAUUCUGGAUCUUGGUCACCUAGGCUGCCUUCACAGACAGAAAAAACAGCUAAAAUAUCGAAGCCACGCUUGAAAUUGAUUCCAAAGGCUUCACAAGGGCCUAACGGCCCUACAAGGUGGGUAAUUGAAGAAGAGGACCCCUCAGCUGCUUCUUAUGUGGAUUCUUAUUCUGUUACUUCUCAGAUUAUUCGAUCAGUGGCUAAGAGAGAGAAAAUGGGCGAGCACUAUAAUGUUUCUGAGUCUAACUUGGACAAAAAUGGACAAGAACAAGAUAAUGCCUUAAUCAUGUACAACGGGAAGGUUUUUUUUGUGGGCAAAAAAAGCAGUCUACUAUUUCAACAAGGACAUAACGACGCACCCACAGCAGCAACAACUAGUUCUGAAGUUAAGGAAACCACAGAACCUUUAUUCCAACACCCUGUUGAGCCAGCUGUACCUCAAACACAGCAGGACAUCAGCAUUAUUAUUUCAGAUGAGCCAGAUGAGGUAAUCGAUCUCUGUGAUGACGAUACUCAAGAUGACUCGCAACAAGCAACAUCAGUUGGCACAUCAGCAGUCUCUCAUCAGGAUGAUGACAACGUAAUAUUUGUGUCAUAUAUUCCACCAAAAUCUGAGGCUGAUUCGACCCAAACACAAACCACAAUAGAAAAGGACAAUGACCUGCUGAACACGAGCUGCUCGAACAGUUUGUCACAGGAGAAGAGCUCGGGUGGUAGAGCUGACGCUGAUGGAAGGGAUGAUCUUACUGGAGGAAGAUCAGGCACAGUUGAAAAUGUCACACAUGUUUGGGCUUCUGCCGGGACGAGUGUGAAUGAUGAUGAGGGUUCAAACAUGAACAGUAAGCAGAGCACUUCCACCCAACAGGAGGGGAGCAUGGGAGGUGAUGUUGAUCCAGAAACUCCAGCAGAUGGCAGCAGUGCAGCAUGCUCUCACAAACAGGAGGAGGCACCUCCAGGUUGUCAGACAUCUUCACCGGCACCUCCACCUUGUAAAAUGGCUGACCGUCAGCUGAGCCAGAUAUUUGGGAUUACAGUUGAUGUGAAGAUUUGCCUGCAGAGGAUUGAUGAGGCCUCAGCUGGACUUGCAGAGGCUCGGAUUAGUGAGUUUUUAAAUUCAACAGAGGAUCAGCAUGAACCAGCAAAUGGGUUGAAACAGAAGGAACUCUUUCAGCAGGACUUCUACAGGUCCUGUGAAAACCAGAACGAUGAUGUGAAGAGAGAGGAAGGAGUAACUGAAUGGGAACAGCGAGCAGAUGCAGCCACUGUAACUGCUCACACAGAUGUCAUGUCUUUUGAAUGUGCCGUUUUCAAGCUGAACAAAAAACCUCUCUCUGAGUUGGGUCAAAGUCCACCCAAGGGGGCUUCAUGUGGUGUUGAAAACACAACAUUGAUUGGCUAUGUGGAGCCGAUUGAUGAGGACUUCUUCAAUGCAAACGAAAUCGCAGAGUUGCAGGAUGUAGUGACCAAGCGAAAGACUCAGACUUGUGUGGACCUGAAUACAAACACCAGUAGAAUAGGAAGGACGAGGAAACGCACCAUGUGUCCAUGUUGCGUCCCUGGUACUCCGGAGCCUGCAGUGAAAUUCAAGUCAGAGGAGCUGGAGAAAUGGGCAUGCAGAACAGAGCAGAUCAGUAAAAAAGGGACACGGACAAAAGCUGCUAGAAAAGGUGUGAUAACAUCUGGAAACAGCUGUCUCACGGUCAGAAACAAUCAGAAAUCUAAGACUCAUGAGGUUCCAGCCUGGGACAGUUUGUCCUCAGCAUCCACGGACACAGAUGAACUACAUAGAGACAGACAGAUCCAAAGACUCAAAAAGCUUCUGAAAGAGAGGGAGGCAGCUUUAGAACUGAUGGAAUAUGGAACAGCAUGAGCUGAGACAAGUUUCACAUUUCAAACUAAUAUUCUAACAAAUUUGCUUACGUGUUUUAAAAUUUUUAGAAUAUCAUUUGUUUUACACAGGGCCAGGUCGGAACCAAACCAGCGAUCGCUGCAGGACGCUUAAACUUCCUUUUGAGGUGGUGUGAACAUGUCUGAGUGCAGAAUCUCCUGCUGUGUUGUGUAUGUGUCAAAUGCAAACUCCAUUCAAAGCCUGGACCAAAUCCUCAAGAGACAGGAGCCUGAAAACAGCUGUAGUUGUGCGGGCGCCCCAAUAGAUUGAUUUCUAUUGGCUAACACACAUUUGUUUCAUAGUUGUCAGUUACUUAAUGUUAUGAGUCUUGAGUUUUUAUUUGGCAGCUGUUGGUUUUCUACCCCCUACAUGAAAAAUGGCUGCAUUAUCAUCGCAAAUAGAACAAGACAUAUUGUGAAGAUGACGCCACUGUCGCCUGCCACAGUCAACAAAGUUAUGGUAAUUAAUUACUAGAAAUGUGAUAACAGAUUCGUAUUUUAAAUGCUAAUAUUUGUCUAAGUAAAGAUUUGCUUCAAACAAAAACUCUGCAACAGAAUUUCUACGUAACAUCCUUCAUCUGAAUCCUGUUGGUAACACGGCUGAGUGGAGAAUCUCGUGUUGUGUUGUUCAUGUGUGAAAGGCAAACUCCUUAGAAACUCUGCAUGCAAUUAUCUGGACUUCCUUUAUGUCUGAAAACGGCUUAUGUUUUUAGCAACUCAGCCUGAGAAUGGUGAUGUGGUUCACUUGACGUGUUGAAGGGGCUUUAUAAAUAAAGUGUAUUAUUAUAAACAA